AUGUCUAUCAAACAAACAGUGCUCAUCAUUGGAGCCACUUCUGGCAUCGGAGCAGGCCUCGCACGACGUAUCCAUGCCCAAGGAAAGAAAGUCAUCGCCACAGGACGUCGACAAGAACGGCUCUCCUCCCUUACAGCCGAGCUUUCAGGCUUAGAGACUGCCAACUUCGACAUCAGCGAUCUCUCAACACUAGCAGGGAACAUCGCGGGACUCACCAAGAAAUACCAGGACAUCGACACUGUGAUUGUGAACGCGAGCAUCCAGAGCAUGUUCUCAUUCACGGACCCUACUUCCUCGUCACCGGAAGACAUCACAAAAGAAGUCAACACAAACCUCACUGCUCAAAUGAUCAUAUGCCAAACACUCGUCCCGCAUUUCUUGGCAUUGGAAAAACCUUGCAGCAUCAUUUUCAUCUCUUCAGCUUUCGCCUACAUCCCCGUGCAGUUCUUCCCAAUUUACGGUCCCACGAAGGCAGGACUUCAUUCCUUCGGGGUUUCACUUCGUGCUCAGUUGGCUGGGACUAACGUCACGGUCACUGACCUGGCGCCGGCGUACGUGGACACUGAGCUGGAUGUGAUGCACAAGGAGCGAAUGACCGAGAUGCUUGGAGGGUCAGACAGAGUACCAAAGCCUACCCCACUUGGGGAUUUCUUGGACGAUGCUAUGAAGGAAUUGGACACACUCGUAGACGGCAAGCCGAAGAGAGAAAUUGCCAUUGGGCACUUCCCUGAGAUGGCGCGGGAGGCUUGGAGGAAAGCCAUCGGGCCCUUGUUGGAGAUCUUCCAUGUUGAUGGGUAG